ACUCUUGUGGUUAAAGAGGAUGAUGUUCAACCUAUGAAUCCUCCAAAAUUUGACAUGAUUGAAGAUAUGGCUAUGUUAACUCAUCUCAAUGAGGCUUCAGUCCUGCAUAACCUGAAACGGCGUUACACCAAGUGGAUGAUCUAUACCUAUUCAGGCUUGUUCUGUGUCACGAUCAACCCAUAUAAAUGGCUUCCGGUCUAUACAGCUCCUGUUGUAGCAGCUUAUAAAGGCAAGCGGAGGUCUGAGGUCCCUCCCCACAUCUACGCCAUUGCAGACAAUGCCUACAAUGACAUGCUGCGCAAUCGAGAGAAUCAGUCUAUGCUUAUCACGUAA